GGAAGUGUUGGAACAGGACCGGCCCGACUGACACACCAGUGCACUAGUCAUCGCUUUACCAUGGCUGCUAUCAAGACCUUAAACCCCAAGGCUGAGGUCGCCAGGGCCGCCCAGGCCCUUGCUAUCAAUAUUUCCGGCGCCAGGGGAAUACAGGAUGUCCUCAGGACCAACCUUGGGCCAAAAGGCACCAUGAAAAUGCUGGUGUCUGGUGCUGGAGAUAUCAAAAUCACCAAAGAUGGCAAUAUUUUGCUCCACGAAAUGCAAAUCCAGCACCCUACUGCCAGCAUGAUUGCCAAGGCUUGCACAGCUCAAGAUGACAUAAUUGGUGAUGGCACAACUUCAACAGUUCUUCUUAUUGGUGAGAUGCUCAAGCAGGCAGACAUUCAAAUUCAAGAUGGUUUACAUCCAAGAAUUAUUGCUGAGGGCUUUGAUUUAGCUAAGGUAAAGGCUCAAGAAGUCCUUGAUAAAGUGAAAAUCACCGAGGAGAUGAAACGGGAGCGCUUGUGUCAGGUUGCACGCACAGCUCUGCGAACAAAAGUUCACUCAGCCUUGGCAGAUAAGCUGACAGAAGAUUGUGUGGAUGCAGUGUUAGCCAUCAAGGAGGACAACAAACCACUGGACUUGCACAUGGUGGAGGUCAUUGACAUGCAGCACAAGACUGAGUUAGACACCCAGUUAGUCAAAGGUCUGGUGUUGGACCACGGUGGGCGUCAUCCAGAUAUGCCUAAGCGAGCAACAAAUGCUUACAUUCUCACCUGCAAUGUUUCCAUGGAAUAUGAGAAGACGGAGGUCAACUCUGGUUUCUUCUACAAGUCUGCAGAGGAAAGAGAAAAACUUGUAGCUGCAGAGAGAGAAUUCAUUGAAAACAGGGUCAAGAAGGUAAUAGAGUUAAAGAAGAAAGUUUGUGCUGGUAAUAACAAAAUGUUUGUUGUAAUCAAUCAAAAAGGAAUUGAUCCCAUGUCCCUUGACAUGCUGGCAAAAGAAGGCAUCAUGGGUCUGAGGCGGGCUAAGCGUCGUAACAUGGAGAGACUUGCACUGGCUUGCGGAGGAAUGGCAAUGAACAGCUUCGAUGACAUGACAGAAGAUUGUUUAGGGUAUGCUGGCAGUGUUUAUGAGCAUGUUUUGGGAGAAAAUAAAUAUACAUUUGUAGAGGAGCUGAAAAAUCCCCAUAGUGUAACAAUACUCAUUAAGGGACCCUAUAAACACACCCUGCAGCAGACCAAGGAUGCUGUCAGGGAUGGGCUGAGGGCAAUCAAGAACGCCCUUGACGAUGGCUCGUUAGUUCCCGGUGCAGGUGCCUUUGAGAUUGCUGCAUAUGAUGCAUUAAUGAAGUAUGAGAGUGAAGUCAAAGGACGUGCUCGCUAUGGCGUACGGGCAUUUGCCGAUGCUCUUCUAGUUAUUCCUAAAACGCUUGCUAGUAAUUGUGGAUAUGAUCAGAUGGACAGUCUGGUAAAGCUGCGAGAAGAGUACAAGAACAGUGCAGGAGGGCCAGUGGGCUUGGACAUUACUACAGGCGAGACACUCAACCCAUGUGAUGCCGGCAUAUUUGAUAAUUAUUGCGUUAAAAGGCACAUGCUAGAUGCAUGUUCGGUUAUUGCACGUAAUCUUCUCAUUGUCGAUGAAAUUAUGAGAGCUGGACUGUCACAGCUGAAAUAAGGAGGAGCUUCUAGAGAUACUCAUCACGGAUCCUACUCAGUGUUUCCGGGACAGCUGGAAUAUGUCCAGCCAGCCAGCCAGGCUUCGGUAUAAUAAUGCACACUUACAUAGAUCUCCCUUUGUUAUGCUUGAAAUUAAUAAACUUCCAUUCUACAGUU